ACUCAUCACACAGUUGAUUUAUCAAGCAAAGAAUGGGUGAAUCACAGGAUACUGUUCCAGAUGAUACUUUAUAUCAGGAUAUCAUCAGUCGUCAUCGUAAUAUUGUGCAAAGACUCGAAGGAGAACGAGAGUCCCAGAGUAAUCAGAAUAUUUCUGCUCUGGAGAGCGAUCCGGAUGGGAAAUCCGAACAUAGAUCAGCCGAUUCUGUCGAUGGUAGCGACAAGCCCGGGAUCUCUUCCCCGAUCAAAUCCGAGAAUGACAUUCACCUGGCUGAAGCCUCUUUUUCACCAAAGGAAACCAUCUAAACUCCAAUCAAUCCCGCGAAAGGAAUAAACACCGGCACCAACAUUGAAGAAAUUGAUUUGACAGGCAACGAUGAUUGUGAAGAUUGUGUCAUGAUCAAUGAACUCAGAAACGGUCUGGAUAAGAUCAUAAGAAAGUUGGAAGCAUUUGACCGUCGAUUCGAUCGAUUGGAGGCCACCGUGUUUGGCGGAGGCCCGACAAAACGUGGGUCUGCAGCCGAACACUACUCGGGGCCCCACAGCUCAAAGCGGAAAAGAUAACAGUGAAACAGAAGACAUCUUUCUAGUUUAAUAAAAGAAACUGGUUCAAUUUGUGUAACAUCCGUCCCUGGGUUACCGGACACCCUAUGUGACCGGACAAACCAUCGGUACUUUGACUUUUGCCAACUGAAAAGCUCAUGCGCACAACGAAUAUUGUUAUAGUUCAAUAAGAUUAGUCUACUAUAACUAAUGCUGAAUGCCUAUGAUCCACCCUUCCCCAAAAAUUACGUUUGCAUCGUCGCCUCCGAGCCUUAUUUGUACAGCGCCUUCUUUCGUGCAUUAACAGACCUCGCUUCCCACAACGCCAACCUUAAGCCUUUAUCGCUCCAAAUUGUCGUAGAAUAA